GUAGAACCAGACAGCGCCGGAAUGAAGUUUCUGUGAGGCGGCUGUGAGCUGAUCAGGGGUGAGAGAGAAAAGCAGGGGAACAAGUUAUUUACCCAGGACCCAGAGCUCGCCAUGUUUUCCCUGUCAGAGCUGGCACCUCUGAACCAGCAACAGAGUAGAUCUAAACUGUUGAAGCCCUGGUGGGAGGUCUUCAUGGACUACCUGGUGGUCCUGAUGCUGAUGGCAUCUGUCCUGGCUUGUACUGAGCAGUUGUCCAGGGACCGAGUGGUGUGCAUUCCCUUGGAUCCACUUGUCACUGCAAAUACUAGUGAUCACAGUUCCACAACUGGUGGGGAUGUGGCACUGACUCCAUCUUCAAAGCCCCCAACCCAUGUUCCACGCAACAUCAGCCCAAAUCUUCAUUCUACAGCCCGGGGUCGACGCACGCAUCUGGUCUACCAGCAGUAUGUUUACAUUAGCCAGGUGUGCUACCAUGAGGCUUUGCCUUUGUGCUCCCGUUUCUUCCCCUACAUGGCCUUGCUGCAGUCUCUAGUACUGGUAGCCAGCGGCUUCUUCUGGCUCCACUUCCCCCGCACCUCCGCCCGCAUAGAGCACUUCCUGGCCAUCUUGGCAAAGUGCUGCGAGUCACCCUGGACAUCUCAGGCCCUGUCCCAUGCCGCCCGGCAGGAGAGCGUCCAUGAGAAGGAGGUGGUGGAGGAGAGACGACCACCCGAACCUCCUCCCUCUUCAACUUCAUCUUCACCCCCGGUGACCCGCACAAGACGAUCAAGCAUAGACUCGGGCGCACACAGCCCGCUUUUGAAGAGGUCAGAUAGUGCAUCCUCUGCCGCCCCUCCCUCCCCGUGCCCUUCCACACUCUCCUGUAACUCCACCAUGUCGUCUAUAUCCUUUGGCUACCCGGUGCAUUUUCCUUCUUCCAAGCCCUCACUCAUGGUUGACAGUCCCAGGCAGGUAAUCAGUCUGGAUAAAAGUGAUGGGGAACAGGCCAGGGCGCUGUUCGAAAGGGUUAGGAAAUUUCGGUCCCACUGCGAAAGCUCAGAUGUCAUCUAUAAGGUCUACUUGGCUCAGACAAUAUUCAAAUUGUUGAUGGUAACGCUGAUCGUGAGUUAUACCAUCCCUCUUCUCAACUCCUUCUCCUUCACCCACACCUGUCACCCUGAGGAACAUACCUUGGUGGGCUACACUACCUUUGAGUGUAUCCAUGUGCUCUCCUCCCUUCUACACAAACUGCUGGUGGCUUACCUGACCCUACUGGGGCUGUACGGCCUGCUGAACUUUUACACCCUUAGUUGGAUUUUACACAGCUCUCUACGGCAGUAUUCCUUCCACUCACUGAAGGAGUUGUGCUCCCUGAGAGAUGUUCCUGACCUAAGAAAUGACCUGGCCUUCCUUUUACACAUGUUAGACCAGUAUGACCCUUUGCUGGCCCAGCGUCUGUCCGUUUUUUUGUCCCCUGUCAGUGAGAGCAGGCUGCUGGAGGAAAGCUUGGAGAGGCGCUGGGGGGAGGAGAAACUGCGUGCCAUGACUAGUGUGGAUGCAGAGGGCUGCUCCAGACUGCAGCUGGUGGCCCUGCCUCGCCUCCCUCCAGCCCUCUUCACCCUCAGCCAGCUUCAGGUCCUCAAACUGGAACUCAUCACAGAUGCCAGGUUUACUGCACAGGUGGCCAACAUGACCUCACUCAGGGAGCUCCACCUCUAUCACUGCACAGUAGCUUUGGAUCCCAGUGCACUUGGAGUCUUCCAGGAACGUCUGGAGGUCCUCCACCUCACCUUUACUCAGGUGUCAGAGAUCCCCAGCUGGGUCCUCUCCCUCCGCAGCCUGCAUGAGCUCCACCUCUCUGGCCGCCUCAGUAGUGAUGGUGGGGUGGGCCGCAGCUGGGCGCUGGGGAGCCUCCGCCAAUUACGUCACCUCCGUGUGCUGGUGAUCCGAGGAAUGUUACAGCGGAUCCCUGGGGAGCUGUGUGAGGUGGCAGGCAGCUUGGUGAGGCUGGAGAUCUACAACGAGGGCACCAGGCUGCUUGUACUGACAGGCUUGAAGCGGAUGGUCGACCUGACAGAGCUGCUGCUGCAGGACUGCCAGCUAGAGCGUUUGCCUUCUGCCUUGCUGGCGCUCACCAACCUGCGGACACUGGACCUGCAGCAUAAUAAUUUGAGAACUCUGGAGGAACUGCUUAGCCUGGCUCAUCUGCGACGUCUUUCUUGCCUCAGACUUGCCUAUAACCGUGUUCUGGCAUUGCCGGCCAGUGUUGGUGUGCUGCGAGCCCUGGAGCUCCUAGAUCUAUCCAACAACCAGCUCCAGAGCCUUCCCCCAGCACUCUUCACUCUUCGCCGCCUUCGUAGGCUCCUGCUGGCUGGUAACCUGCUAGAGGAGCUGCCUGCAGAGGUAAAGGCACUGCAGCUGCUCACAGAACUGGACCUCAGUGGGAACAGGGUAGAGAGCCUUCCCCCUGAGCUAUUCACUAGUUGUUUGGAGCUGCGCAUCCUUAAUGUGGCUUACAACUCUCUUAGUUCAAUACCCAGGUGGAUUGCAGCUUUAAGUAAGUUGUGCAGGUUGGACUUGCGCAGUAACAGUCUGGAGGAACUGCCUGCUGAAUUGGGCUGCUGCACAGGGCUGCAUGGAGGUGGUCUCCUGGUGGAAGACUGGCUGUUUCUUUCUUUGCCUCCCCAUGUCAGGGACUUCCUAAGUCGUUCUUGCCCCCCCUCUGGUACAUACUCAGAAGGUCAUUCCCGGCCAGAGUCCGACAGUUUCCCAUACUUCUCUCCUACACAGUGGAGCUUCUCUUCUGCUUUGGAAUCACAGAUAUAAGACUAAUCACUGUAUCUUACUGCUAACAGUAUCCUAACACUGAUAGUAUUCUGUUAGUGAGGCCUUUUUGUAUGCUGAUAUAUUUUUAUACUUUUUAAUGGGAUUUGCUUUUGCAGUGCUUUUGGCAAAAAGUUUAUUAGAUAUUGAUAUAUUGAUAUUAUUGUUGCAAUGUUUUAUCCCACAUAGUACACAUUCAUUUUAUUCCAUACUGAAAUGAGUGUCAACCAAUGGUUUGCAGGAAGAUUAAAAAUACAUUUGCAAAUGUACAAAGCAACGUGCUAUGUAAAACAUAGUUAAACUGAAUAUAGAUGAUUUGUAGUGAAUGGGCAAAAAACAUUCUAAGUAGACUACUGCUGUUAAUCUCAUUACUAUUUAAAAAUCCUUUUUAGAGAAAUUGUUGCUGGUUAUGGGGAAAUAACUCUUAAACCAGAAGUUUCUAUUUGUUGCAGGGCUGAAAUAUUGUAUGUAUAUAUAUAUAUAUAUAUAUAUAUAUAUAUAUAUAUAUAUAUAUAUAUAUAUGUAUAUAUAUAUAUGUAAAGAGAGAGAAACAUCCCUGCAACAAAUACAAACUUGGUGAAUGUAUUUUUCACUUCCGGUUAAAGAGUUAUUUCUCUUAUAAAUAUAUCUUUAGGAGAAAAGGUUCAUGUGGUUUUAUAACAAAGUGUAUAUUGUUAUUAACAUGAGUAUAAAUACCCUUAUUGAUACCUCUAAAGAAUAAUAAUAAUUAAUAUAAAUAUCUGUAUUAUUCCCACUUAAGAAUGUGCAGUUGUAGUCUCUAACUGUGACCACUAGAGAACAAUAAACAUGAUUAUUU